UGGCAUCGGUCAUUCAUUAUCGCGAAACCUUGCGUACGUCUGACAUGGUCAGCAUUACCGUCAGUGCUGCCGGGAAGCCGCUUUCUGUCGCAAGGGGUCUCCCAGUGGAUCUCGAUAUUCCAAACAAGAAUGCCGAAGAUGUUACUGUGGCAGAUAUCAAGCAAGCCCUGGCCGCCAAGUUCCCGAAGCUCUAUGCGUUCAGGCAAAAGAUUACCCUGAAGGGCCAAACCAAAAUGCUCUCUGAUGACAUGAAAAUCGCCGAGGCUGCAGGGGGCCCAGUGAAUGAAGUGAGCGUGAAGGACCUGGGACCUCAGAUCAGUUGGCGCACGGUCUUCUUGGUGGAAUAUGCGGGUCCUAUGGUGAUACAUCCCCUUAUUUAUCAUUUACCCCGACUUUUCUAUGGUGGACCUGUCCAGCACAGUCUGCUACAACAAUAUGUAUAUGGUCUCGUCAUGUUGCACUUCGCCAAGCGUGAAUUGGAGACGUUAUUCGUGCACCGAUUCUCGCAUGAUACGAUGCCUGCUCGCAACAUCUUGAAGAACUCAGCGCAUUAUCAUCUCUUGAGCGGCCUUGCGCUCGCAUACGCGAUAUAUAGCCCUACAUACUCAGCAGCAUCUCCGUACAUUCGGGGGACUAUUCGAGAUGACCUCCGCUUCAUAUGGGGCUGCACGGCUCUGUGGCUCUUCUCUGAGCUCUCCAACUUGAGCACCCACUUGACUCUGCGCAAUCUGCGUCCUCCUGGCACCCGCCAGCGAGCCAUCCCUUACGGAUACGGGUUCAACCUGGUUUCCUGUCCGAAUUACUUCUUCGAAUGCCUGGCGUGGACAAGUGUCGCCGCGAUGACGGGCAGCUGGGUCGCAUGGAUCUUCGUCCUCGUGUCCACGGGGCAGAUGGCGCAAUGGGCAAUCAAGAAACAUAGAGGCUAUAGGAAAGAGUUUGGUGACAAAUACCCGAGGGGGAGGAAGGUUAUGUUCCCCUUCGUCUUCUAAGGAUUGAUCGGCGCGGCUUACGUAUCUACACUAUUUCAUUGCUGUAAUCAUAUAAGUACUGAUUUCCGCUAUUCCGGACCGGUCGGGAGUUGUGAAGUUGUCUCCUACAAUCAGGGUAGGAGCAGGUCUGAGGGCCUGAGCGCUGCUU